UCAUUAGAUGUAAAGCAGGAAGAUGAAGUAUACAAUUUGUCCUUCAUAACAAGUCCAAUGGCAGCAGAUGAUUCGUUUGACCAAGACAUCGUAUUUGCUCAAGACCUUAUAAAGUGUACCCUUUGCAGCAACAGUGUAGAACUUUACUGUAAACCAUGCGGCCUCAAUAUAUGUGGUGGCUGUGCAGGAAGGCAUAUGUUAUCUACACCCGAAAAGAAACACGAUAUUGUAAAAUACGAUAAAAAGUAUCUGACUAGUCCAAAACCUUCAUGUCCAAGUCAUGAAGACCAAAUCUGCGAGCUCUUUUGUGAAAAAUGUAAUAUCGCUGUCUGUGCAACAUGCAUAUCUAGUAAGGCUCAUUAUAACCACAGUAUCGUUGAAAUUUCAGUUGUUUUCAAGCAAAAGGUUAAUUUCAUAAUUCAAGAAACGAAAUCGUUAGAAGAAAAAAUUGCCCCUGAGUAUGAGAAAAUUCCUAAAGACUUAGAUGGGAAGGUGAAAGCCUUGAUUAAUAAUAAUACAUUACUAAAGAAAGAAAUUACAAGUUAUGGUGAAGAAUUGCAGAAACAAAUCAAAGAAACAGUCAAUAAAUAUGUGGUCCAAAUUGAAACGAUGGAAAAACAGGACAUUGCUGACUUGAGAAAUAGCAUUUCUAGAUUCCAGAAUAUUACAGGGGAAGUCAAUCAUGCCAUUCAACAAAACAAAGAAAUGUUGAAAGCCAACGAUGUUCAGAUAUUCGAUUAUCAGUCUGUUAUAAAGAAGUUUCAGAAAGUCCCAGCUCGUAUUAACGUGACGCCGCCUUGUUUUAAACCUAGUCUUGACAAAGGAAAACUUUUUGAAAACAUUGGAAUGCUAUCUGUAUCGACUAAAAGGCAGGAAGAUGAAUAUUUAAUUCAGUUGACGGAGGGGGCUGUGCUACCCAUGGCCAGGUCUUAUUUCAGGGAGCUUCUCCCAAGACCCAUGAUUAUUGCAACAGUAGAAUGUAACUAUAAAGAGUUAUACAAAAUCAGUUGCCUUUCCUCGGAAGAAGCUUGGAUAAGUGGCAACGACAAAACGAUGACAAGAGUCAACAAAGGAGGAUCGGUCCUUGAGGUGAUGAAAACCAAGUCUGGGCGCUCAACCAAUGGUAUCGCUGUUACGAAAACAGGGAACCUUUUGUACGCCGAUUGUUACGGUAAAAAGAUUGAAAUGGUAAAGAAAGGGAAAGUUAAGUCAAUAGUCAAAACUGAAUGGAAGCCAACGGAGGUUAGCUGUACACCUACUGGAGAUAUUUUAGUCUCGUUGUGGAAUGACAAGCCCUUGGACAACAAACUAUUGAAGGUUCAAAGGUAUUCUGGGGAUUCAUUUGAGCUGAAGCAAGAGAUCCAGUUUGAUGAGAAUGAUACAUCGCUUUUUCGAUGUUCAGGGGAUUAUACUGCGCUUGUCACUGCUGAAAACAGGAAUGGAGACAUCUGUAUAGCAGACUGGAAUGCUAGAUCCUUGCUUAUACUGGAUAAAAGUGGCAAAUUGAAGACGACUUACACUGGCUUUCAAAGCAAGGUAUUUGAUCCUAGGUAUGUGGCCACAGACAGUCACGGACACAUUCUAGUCUCGGACUAUGACAACAACUGUGUACAUAUUCUCAAUGAAUCUGGUCAUCUCGUCUCUCUGAUUGAGUAUCUCAGAAAACCCGAGGGUAUAGACGUCGAUGAUGAUAAUAACUUGUGGUUGGUGGAAAGAGAAGGAAAACUCAAAAUCAUCAAAUACAUGGAGUAGAAUCCGGAUUAGUUAGUUACAAUAGUUAUAAUGUUAGACUGUGUGACAUACCCGGUAGUAUGUGAUGGCUAUCAGUUCAUUAUUUCUAGGUAUUUUGUAGGUAUACAAAACAUCCCUGAGUCAAAUAUAACAAAUGGAUAUAACUACAUGCACUAGUAUUUAAGCUCGAAAGUCCAAUAAACUUUACAAAUUGUGUAGCAGAGCAACAACGGAUCUCUAAACCAGCAGAGGUGGGAUCGGGUUCCUUGGAGGAGUGAGCAUUCCCAGCCAACAGGUCACACCUGUUGUGUGCUCCAUGUGUUGAUCGGGAAAUAACGGGAAAAUUCAGUCUGUAAAUAAUGAUUUUCCAAUUAGUAUGAGAAAGCCAAUCAGCAUUUGAUUUAAUGAUGGAUUGUAUUUGCUGACAAGGUCACUGUAUCGAGCAUAGAACUUACGGAAUAAUGAUUUUAAACGAAACUGCUGAUAUUCUUGUUUCAUCAACUUCCCUGUCAAUAACUUACUAGUUUUAGAAAGUGUGCUCUUGCGUAUCGAAUCAGCUGAGAGAUAUAAACUCAUAAUGCAGGUGAGAAAGGUAUAUUGCUGCAUAACUAAGGAAAGUUGACGGUUGCAAAGUUAAAGUUAUCAAGUUUAUCAUAAAGAUUUGUAAGAUAACCAUCAACGUCUUUCUCUGAUAAAAUAUUCAACUAUGGAAGAGACUCUGUGAUAUUCUUUUUUUCAAACUCACU